AUGCAUCGGGUGCUAGCAUCGGGUAGUGCGGUUGAGGCAGCAUCACCAUCACCACCACUGCUGUCAACGCUGCCAUCGCCCUCUCUGGGACGCCCGUUGCAGCAAGCCAUUAGCCUGCCGCCAGAGUGCAGGGACGGCAGUGCAAAUGAAGCAGUGACGGCGAAGUCAGUGCGCUAUGACUAUCGCUUCCCAACCUCCUCAUCCCAGCUCUCCCUGUACCCUUACGAGGUGACUCUGACCAACACAUGUAAGCAGCGUGCCAUCGCUGCCAUGAGCAUCAGCUUGACGGGGCUGCGCCUGCGCUCCUACAUUCUCCUGCCACGCCUCCUGGUCUCAGAGCCUGACUCCCUCAGCAUCGUCACAAACUACAAGGUACUCCCGCCACUGGGAGAACCCGACAAUGCGGUGGUCAUCCCACCGGGGGGGUCCCUCAAGUUCAACUGCACUGUCGUGCUCGACCUCAUUUAUCCGCUCACUGUUCACGGCGCCUCAUUUUCUCCCUUGUAG